AUGUUUGAAAGAAUUGAAAAGAAUUAUAUUGAUAAAACUUUAAGUAAUAUGAAUAAGAUGGAUAUUAUAAGACGAUUUUUUCAAAAAGCAUCAUUAGAACAGGACCCAAAAUGGUUAAUUAAAGCUUAUACAGCUGAAACGGAUUUUUACCGCGUAUUGAAUAAUGAAAUAGCAUGCGGCGCAAAUCAAAGUCAACAAGAACGACGCUAUAUUAUAGCCUUAAUUUCACAUCAUCCAUCGUUGGAUACAUACACAUUUAUUGGUAAUGCCUAUCGAGUUAUGCAAAUAAACAAUGAAAAUCUUACUAGAUAUAAAUCUGGCUGUUAUUUAAUGACAAAAUCGUUUUUAUCUUCAUCGAUUGAUCGAAAAGUUGUCGAAUUGCAUUCAAUUCGAGAAGAAAACUUUGUAAUAGGGCAGAAAUCAGCAGUAGAACGAACUAAAUCCGAUGGAACAUUGAUUAAAGUAUGGGUAAUGUGCAUUUAUACCAUUAAACAUCGUCGUACUGGUUUACAUAUUGAAAAUUAUUCUCAAUAUGCAAAUGAAGGAGAAAUAUUGAUUAUGCCUCAUAGUGUAUUUCAAGUGAAAAAAGUAUCGAAACAAAAUUCUUCAUCUUUACCAAAUAAUCCAUCAAUUACUGAAAUACACUUGGAAGAAUGUGAUCAAUAUAUAUAA